AUCUCUACUGCCUCUACUUCUAGUCAAGUCACCGGAUCUAUUUCCAGCUCAUCCGUUGUGUCUCCCCCCCCAAGCCUCUUUAAUGUCCCUUUGUUGCAACGCAUCUGUUUCGGCAUGCUCUGUGGACUGCAUGCAAAUGGCCAAAAUGCCGAAACCAACCUGAUUAGGCUGCUUGGUGUUGGAGUGCGUCUUUUCGCCGCAGCUGGCCCUUUUGUUACUCGGAUCCACUUAGCUCCACUUCUGAUCUCUGCUAUUGCUAGUUCAACGGCUGUGGAUCAGGAGGGUGCCCAUUCUGGCAAACCAGAGAAACUUGAUCUAGAUGGAACUGAGACGACAACUCACCAGGACGCUGUAGAGGUGCGGAACUCUUUUAUAUGGCCCCAUACUUAUUUUCCUUAUUUUAGAGCUUAUUUUCACAAUUAUAGGCUCGGCUAA